UUUGACGAUUGUUUGGGCUAUUGCACGCUGAGCCACGAUGGAUCAAGCGAUGGAAAACUUAUAGCACACAAGAAUUGCUCCCAAUUUUGCAAAUGUAAACCUAAUGGACGGUUGGAGUUGCACGAAUGUGCGCCAAAUCUGCAUUUCAAUGUAGAAAAUCAAUCUUGUAUGAGUCCUGAAGACGCUAAAUGUAAAGUUAAGGUCAAUGGAUCCACUGGUGAAGAAAAUGGAUCUAAUGAUACUGAAGAAAUGCAAGAGCUAAAUAUGAAAGGAUGCUCAGAAAAAUGUCCAGAAACUAACUCGCCUAAUUAUACGGUUAUAAUUCCACAUACGAAUUGUAGUUAUUUUUGCAAAUGCAACUGGGGCAAACCUGUCGUCAUAAAAUGUCCUGACUCUUUGCAUUUUAAUAAUCAAACCAAAACAUGUGACUCUGUCGUCAAUGCAAAUUGUGCCGGUAAUAAUGUUAAUUUUAAUCAACAAAAUAAUGAAUCUAACUCUUUAGAAGAAAAUUCUGUAGCUCCUGAACCAACUUUUAAUGAAGAAACUGAUAAUAUAAAUAAUGAAUCAAACUCUUUAGAAAAAAAUUCUCCAGCUACUGAAUCAACUUUUAAUGAAGAAAGUAAUAAUGUAAAUAGUGAAUUAAAUUUUGGAACUAUUGAACCAAAUUCUAAUGACCAAGCUCAUAAUAAUGAACCUAAUUAUACAGAAGAAAAUAAUAAUAAUAAUAAUAAUAAUAAAGAUGAAUCAAAUUCAAUUGAGGAACACACUGAAGCUACUGAAAUGAAUUCUAAUAAAAAUAAUGAAUCUGAAACUACUGAAGAAAAAAAUGACUUGGAUAUUGAAUCAAACAAUAAUAAUAAUAAUAAUAAUAAUGAAAAUGAUAAUUCUACAGAAAAAACAAAUGCAAAUGAUGACGAAACAAGUUCGUCAAUAGAUAAUCAGAACAAUAUUGAUGACGGAUGUAUUGGAAGCUGUCCCUCAGCUAAAUCAAACAAAGCAUUUGCUUUGGUACAUACAGACUGCAGAAAAUACUGUAUAUGUGUAGACGGAUUCCCAGUUGCUAAAAAUUGUUCAGCUGGUUUGUACUUUGAUGAGAUAAUUGGACAAUGUGUUAUUUCCAAGUUCCCAAAAUGUGGAAAUAACAAUCAAAAAGAAGACUCAGCUCAGUCAAUUACAGAUCAAAAUAAAUCACCCAGUAAAAAUGAAGAUGUCGUUUUUCACUCGAACAGAACUGAACUUAAGAACAACCAAGAUUUUCCCACUUUGAAUGGAAAUUGGAGUGAAGAUAAAAAAGAUAAUAAAAUUAAUGAAGAAAAACCUAAACGAUAA